AUGGGAGACAUUCUCGAUGGAAACCCCCAGGUGGCGGCAGUGGCGCUCCAGCUACUCGUGCAGGAGGUGGUGCCGACGCUGAUUCGAGUGUCGCAUGCUCUUCAGACCCAGGAGAAGCCCCGAGAGUUCACUCCUACUACUUCCUCGACUGAGCUUCUGACAGCGGUGCCCCACGACCUCCCGGGCACCGUCGACAUCUACGACCUGCCGCUUUUGGGCAGUGACGACGUCAGCAUCCGCGUGGAGAAGUACGGGUUCCACAUUGGCGUCUCUCUCGCCGAGGUGCUCCUCUUUAAGAACAACCACAUCAGCCACACCACCACCAAGAUCGGCGAUAUUUUGGACAUCAUGAAGUUCAUCUGUCGCGACGUGUGGAAGUGUGUUUACGGCAAGCAGAUGGACAACUUGCGGACCAAUCACCGGGGCACAUUUGUGCUUGUCGACAACUCGUUCAAAACGAUCCGCGGCAUGAACUCGCCCAAGGGGAUCCAGGACACCAUUGCCAAGGCGGAAACGUACCUCUGGUUCCCCAGUGGCCUCAUUCGCGGCGUGCUUUCCAGUUUUGGCAUCGACGCCACCGUGCUGACGGAGAUCACCCAGUUCCCCGCGGUGACGUUCAACAUCUUGACUCUGAUCAAUAACUAG